UCUCAGGGCAGGGAUCGUGAGCGAGAUGGAGCCGCGCAGGCGGGUUGGGCCGACGUUCUUGCUGUGGGCCGUGGCGUUGUUGCUCGUGAGCCUGGCUGUCACCGCCGAUGAAGAAGGAACUCAGGAUGAGUCCUUUGAAUCAAAGGCAGCCUUGCCAUCAGAAGAACAGGUGAAAGACCAUCGAGCUGGAGCACAUGUAGUAGCAGGUCAAAUCUUCAUUGAAGAACCAGAAGAUCACACUGAAGAUGGAGAGAGACUUAGGAACCAAGAAGAACAAGAACAAACUUUAGGGGAGUUGAGCUCUCUAGAAUUGUCAAGCUCCUUAAAUAAGGACUUGGAAGAGGUUGAAGUGCAAAAACCAGUUUUAAGAGCCCUAGGAGGAACUGCAGAUGGUGAGCUGUGCCACUUCCCCUUUCUUUUUCUGGAGAAAGAAUAUGUGGAAUGUACUGCUGAUGGGAGGGAAGAUGGCAGACUCUGGUGUGCCACGACCUAUGACUACAAGAGCGACCAGAAAUGGGGCUUCUGUGAAACUGAAGAACAGUCAAAUAAGAGAAGACAAAUGCAAGAGGCAGAGGAUGUUUACCAAACUGGGAUGAAAAUCCUUAAUGCGAGCAGUAAAAAGGCCCAGAAGAAAGAAGCUUAUCAGUAUCUUCUGAGAGCAGCUGACAUGAACCAUACCAAGGCAAUGGAAAAAGUGUCUUACGCCUUGUUGUUCGGGGACUACCUGAAGCAAAAUAUCCAGGCAGCUAAAGAGUUGUUUGAGAAGCUGACUGAAGAAGGGUCUCCUAAAGGACAAAUGGCCCUUGGUUUCCUGUAUGCCUCUGGUCUUGGUGUUGAUUCCAACCAAGCAAAGGCACUAGUUUAUUACACUUUUGGAGCUCUUGGAGGAAAUUUGAUAGCUCAUAUGAUCUUAGGCUACCGCUAUUGGGCUGGUAUAGGAGUCCUUCAGAGCUGUGAAUCUGCUCUCACACAUUAUCGUCUAGUAGCCAACCAUGUGGCAAGUGACAUCUCUCUGACAGGAGGUACAGUGGUACAGAGAAUUCGUCUGCCAGAUGAAAUAGAAAAUCCAGGAAUGGCAAGUGGGAUGCUGGAAGAAGAUUUGAUACAGUAUUACCAGUUUUUAGCUGAAAAAGGAGAUGUACAGGCACAAGUUGGGCUUGGGCAGUUGCAUCUCCAUGGAGGAAGAGGAGUAGAACAAAAUCAUCAGAGAGCUUUUGAAUACUUCAAUCAAGCAGCUAAUGCUGGUAACUCACAUGCCAUGGCCUUUUUGGGGAAGAUGUAUUCAGAAGGAAGUGAUGUUGUGCCCCAGAGCAACGAGACAGCACUUCAGUACUUUAAGAAAGCUGCCGAUAUGGGUAACCCAGUGGGGCAAAGUGGUCUAGGAAUGGCUUAUCUGUAUGGAAGAGGUGUUCCAGUGAAUUAUGAUCUGGCUCUGAAAUAUUUUCAGAAAGCAGCAGAUCAAGGGUGGGUAGAUGGACAGCUUCAACUGGGCUCUAUGUAUUACAAUGGCAUUGGAGUCAAAAAGGAUUAUUCAAAGGCUUUGAAGUUUUUCAACUUGGCUUCUCAGGGAGGCCACAUUCUCGCCUUCUAUAACCUGGCACAGAUGCAUGCCACGGCCACUGGGGUAGAUCGCUCCUGUCGUACUGCAGUUGAGCUGUUUAAGAAUGUUUGUGAACGAGGCCGCUGGUCCGAAAGGCUUAUGACUGCCUACAACAGCUACAAGGAAGGCGAUGCAAAUUCUGCUGUGGUUCAGUAUCUCCUGUUGGCAGAGCAAGGCUAUGAAGUAGCGCAGAGCAAUGCUGCCUUUAUACUUGAUCAAAAAGAAGCCAGCAUCAUAGAAGAAAAUGAAACUUAUACCAGAGCGUUGCUGCACUGGAAUAGAGCAGCCUCCCAAGGUUAUACUGUUGCUAGACUCAAACUUGGCGAUUACCACUUUUAUGGCUUUGGUACGGACGUUGAUUAUGAAACAGCAUUUAUUCACUACCACCUAGCAACAGAGCAUCAACAUAGUGCCCAAGCUAUGUUCAACCUUGGGUACAUGCAUGAGAAGGGACUUGGCAUCAAGCAGGAUAUCCACCUAGCAAAACGCUUCUAUGACAUGGCAGCUGAUGCCAGUCCUGAUGCUCAAGUUCCUGUCUUCCUUGCACUCUGCAAAUUGGGAAUAAUUUAUGCCUUCCAGUAUAUUCAAGACACCAAUAUCAAAGAGGUGUUCUCCCACCUUGACAUGGAUCAGCUCUUGGGACCGGAGUGGGACCUUUACCUCAUGACCAUCAUUGCUCUGCUCCUGGGCACAGUUAUAGCUUACAGGCAGAGGCAGCAUCAGGCAAUCCCCAGGCCUGCUGGGCCCCGGCCAGCCGUUCCUCCCCAAGAGCCUCCUCCAGAACAUCAGCCGCAGCAAUAGCAAAAGCCAAGGGUCUUGGUGAAGUGAACUGGAUUUUUCCCAGCUGGGACUGCUCUUGUGUUUUUUUUUAAACAACACCAGUUUGAUGGUCGCUUUCACACCAGAGAGACAAAAGAAGUGUUGCAUUCUGAAAGCUGCUGAGAACAUUGCCUUUUUUUCCAGGGAUAUGCAACUUUCUUUAAGACUGAGAUGAAUGUUAUUUCAGUGCCAAUGGAAUAACACAAUAGUUUGGGGGGAGGGGUGAGACACAAGUGUGCUACUGCAAAAGUGAUGCCUGCUGUAUCCAGAUUGUUACUCAGAGCCCUUUUUCCAUCCUGCUGUGAGAGUUUGCCCUCCCUGAUGGAAGCCGGCCCUAUCCAGAAAGGAAAACGUAAUUGUGAGGCUUCAUACAACACUGGAGAACCAGCCCUGCACUCUCCGAAGCAAAAGUCAGCUCUGUCCUCGCGUACAUUUGACAUUGUGAUAAGCACGAUGCUUUUAUCUUCCCCUGUUGUCCCAAAUUUCUUCCUUAAAAGCUGUCUUAAUCACUUUAUAGUAUUUUUGUAUCUGUUUUGGCUGGUUUAACCUGGAUACAACAGUCAUAAGAAGCAGAUAAAGACAAUCAGUCAGUGCGAUGAUGAGAAUGCUACUCGUUCUCUGUGGUCUGGACUUAUCCCUCACCUCUUGCACGUACCCUUUUGCUAGUAGCAGAAAUGGCCUAAAAGGGUUAGGGAUAUGGACUACGUCUGUAACAUGAAAUCUAACAAAGCCCUUGAGUAUGCAGAAUUCAAAUUUGUCUUUUCAGACUCUCUUUAACUUGGAAGGGGGGGUCACAAGACUAGCUUGUUUACUUUUCCUUUAAAAAGAUGGGUGGUCUUCAGAUAUGUCAUGAUUGACACCAAGUGUUAGAGAAUCCUUCUGAGCGCAACAGUAGUUGGUCUUUAAAAAAAUCUUCAUCUUAUGAAGUAGCGGUGGUUUGCUUUUCAGACUAUUAUGAUAGCUUUAAUGAGGCAGAUUUGUCUUAACUAGAUAUCAUAAAUGGGGAGGGUCUUGUGCUAUAAUAGGGGUUAUUACUGUAACUGGAAAUCUACAUAUCUCAUCAGAAUAUGUGUGUCCCAGUUUCUAUUGGAGGUGGCACCAAACAUUAUUGGCUAAUUGCCCUCACUGUAUAGACCAGAUGAUUCUAAACCCCCCAAACACCUGUGCUAGACAGGAUGUCAGGAGAAAGCAUACCUCAGAUUUUUCUGCAUCUUGUCAAAGAUGCUUAAACAAAAUUUACAGAGCCGCUUGUCACAAAACAGCUAAGAGCUACCUUUGUAGUAGAAAAUAUCCCAUCCAUUAAGUUUUCUUUGCAAACCCAGUCCCAUUGCUUUUCCUGACUUUCCUGUUUAGGCAAGUUAAUAUACCAAGUAAAAAUACAAGGAUAACUUUCUGGCAGUAGACCUAGACAGAAAUACAUUAUUUUUACUACAUCAUUGGCAGAUACCAAUGAGUGCUCCUAGAGCCACAUUAGAUGAGCUGCGGGUACUGUGGGCAAUAGUGUGGGGGUUGUACGUUGGUCCUUAGUCCAGAGCUCAUACAGUGCAUUUGAGAAGCACAUAAUUCACUUUUUGUGUACAUCAAUCAUUUUGGGAAUCUGGUUUAUAGUUAUCAUUGGAACACCUUGUUGCACAUCCACAAAACAAGACACUCUAUGGUUGUGAAAUAGAAGCACAUGGUUGAGCAAGAAUGCUUUACUAUUGUCUGGGAAAGGCUUCUAGACACAAAGCAUUGUGGUUGCAGAUUAACUACAGUGUCACGAAGGCAGAUAAUCUUGUACAUAGUGUAGAUGGUCUUCAAAAUGCACACAUCAAAUGGGUGAGGUGGAAAUAUUCUUCUUACCAUGAGUAAAAAGGAUGAAAUGUUAUAUUUUAAUUGACAUAUAGGCCACAGUUCAAAAAAGCAUUGUUCGUGGGCUGGGGAGGAAGAUAAGUAUUUGACACAUCUGUAGUUCCCGCAGCCCUGGACGAAGGUUGCUAUGUGAUUUAGCAAGCAGCUGGCUCUUGACAACUAUAGAGUGGCCACUGAGAACUGUCAAAAUUAUUAUGAUUAAUUUUGUGUCAAAUUAUAAUUUAUUUUUAUUUUAUUUUUCGCAUUUAUAUCCCGCCCAUCCCGUAAAUGGGCUCAAGGCGGGUCACAAGAGUUCAAUAAAAUUUAAACACAUUAAAACAUAUUAAAUUACUAGUCAUGCUUGCUGUAGGGAGAAUCCAGCCCAUUGAUGUAACUAGGUAUGGCCGGUUAUCAGUAGGUGGGAGACCGCAACCUCGGGGGGGCCAUAUGUGCAAUCAAAAGAAAUGCUUGAUUUUAGUGAGGCCCAAGUAUUAUGCAUAUACUGUGAUCCUUCAGUCCUAUUUGCUUGUAUCACAUUGAAACCAGAUUUUACUUUCUCUAGAAUGACAACCAGUAACUGCACAUUGGUUCAUAAGAAUAUCCAUCCAUGUACAAAGCCUCUUUAAGAGUGACUGUACCCUGUUAAAACUUAUUUGUUAAAAGGACAUAAAGACUGAAUCUUGCUUUUUCUUAUCCAGUUAAUGAUUGAGAAACUGUAGCCUUCAUAUCUACCUUCUGUACUAGCCUGGGCUUUGGGGAAAUAAGGAAAUACUGCCUAAUGUUUAGCUUUUUGAAUUCUUUUCUUCUCUUAAAUACAAAAUGAGCAAUAAGGUUCUCUUCCCUCACCCCAUGCAUACCCUGGGCUUUCUCAUUUUCCCCCAAUAGUAUCCAUUCGCAUAUGAUUUAGUUGGCACUAGAUACAUGGAGAAACAUCAAGCUAACUCAGGGAUUUAUGAAUAAUGAGUAGAUCAUCUAGGUUUUCUGCCUACUACGCAGCUACUUUGUUUGGCCAUCCUGCGCCUAACCCUUGUGAAUGCUAUUAAAAAAAACUUCAAACAAAAUUGUUUUUACACAGUCUAUGCUAGGGAAAUAGUGUUUGGUUUCUAAGUUUUGUUAUGGAGUGUGAUUUUGGAGAGCAUUCUCUUUCUGUGCUAGGAGUGCAUCUUAGAAGAACUGGAGAGAAGUUGGGUUUUAAUUAUCCAAUUUGAAUUGACUUCUUAAUCCGAAAGUUAUAUUCAGUAGUGAUUUUCUUGUUUCCCCAUUGUGCUUUGCAGAGGCAGUCAUCUGCUGCAGAGCACAUUACUCUUGCCUUGUGCUGGGCACUUCUUCGGCUUCUUAAAAGUCACUGGCCUUGUAUGAGCAGAAGUGCCUGGCACUCAGGGAACACACACCUUGCAGCGGACAAAGGAAGCAUAGGUGGAUAACAAAGUAAAAGAUCCAAGACUAGGUAUUUAGAAGUCUCACCUGAGAGUUCUUCAAACAGUAGCAAUGUUUUAAGUGAAGUGUUUUGCUCAAGUCUUCUUAAGUCACUAAUCCAAAAGUCCAUAAGACAUUUGAAAUAGCGAUGUUCCGCCACAAGUCUGGUCAGGCUUCUGAGUUCUGCCACCACCAUCUUGGUGGCCUGUGGCUGCUCUCCAAAUACUUUCCUCAUAAAGUAGUUUUGUAUAUAUGUGAAAUAUUUUGGCUAACUUUCCCAGAAGGGAAAGUUGGUGGGGGCUUGCCUUUAAAAACAGAAGUAAUUAGUAUCUCUCCUUGAGGGGCUGCUUCCCUCGAAUGGGAUGAGAAAUGAAGGAAAGUGUUCCAUGUUUUUGUGCACAUAACAGUUCCCUGGGCAGCCAAACAUAACUGGGACGGUGUUAGACUCCACUUUUAACAUGAGGCAUCACAUCCACUGAAACAACUGAGGUGUGAUCUAAAGACACAGCACCUGUAAAGCAAAUUGUCAAUGCUGAGUGUGCAACACAGGUACAUCAGCAUCACUUGCUUGCAAGCCAUGGAUUUCUG